UUUGUGAGACACACGUAUUGGUGCAUUUUGUUGAUUCUUUAACUAUAAUUAUUACAAUCAAACCUCAUUUUCUUUUAAAAGAAUGUGUCAAAUUUGAUUCAAUAUAAAUUAUGUAUUUAAUUUUAAAAAAAAUACUAAGUUAUUACGUUAGUGUUUAAUGUAGCAUAAGUGUUGUGUGUUUUUAUAAUAGUUUAAUAAAUGGUACUGAAGUGAUAAGGAAUUAGGUAAUCAUGACUGAAGAAAACCAAGAUAUGAGUGCAACAACUAAAUUAAGUAAAAGCCGUGAAGCGAACUGGCCUGUUGUACUGUUCUUAAUUCAUAUACAUUUACUAUCACUGUACGGCCUGUGGCUUCUUUUCUUUGAAGUGAAAUGGAAAACAGUAAUAUUUUUACUAUUUCUUACCUCAAUCGCUAUUCUCGGAACGACGACUGGAGCCCACCGUCUAUGGGCACACAGAACGUACAAGGCGAGCACAAUGCUGCGUGUUCUACUUAUACUAUGUCAAACAAUGGCCGGAAUGGGCUCAAUAUACGACUGGGUUCAAUAUCACAGACUUCAUCACCAACUUUUCGCUACUGAAGAUGAUCCUUGCGAUUACAACAAAGGUUUUCUUUACGGACACAUAAUCACACGUAUGAGAAAAUUGAGCCCCCACCAAGAAAAAGUGAGAGAAUCAAUAGAUAUGUCUGACCUUGAAAAAGAUACUAUUGUUAUGUUCCAAAAAUCAUUUUACUGGGUUUUGUAUGGCAUAUUGUUCAUUUUACUGCCACUAAAUGCCCCUCUCGAGUACUGGGAUGACACCGUGUUGAGCGCUACAUUUGUUAUUGGAUUUUUACGUUAUGGCAUUACGAUUCACGCCACGUGGCUUAUAGAGAGUGCUAUAUCCGUAUGGGGACUGAAGCCCGGCGAAAAAUCGCCUCCAGAUUCAAACUCUGUAUUUAUAUUAAAUAAAUCUUUCUGGCCGCACUACCACUACCUGAUACCGUGCGAUUAUAAGUCAGGAGAAUACGGUACUUAUGAUGCAGGAUGUUCGACCUCGUUCAUCCGUGUAUGGGCUGCAUUGGGACUAGCUACGGAAUUAAAAACUGUAGAAACACCGUCCAUACAGAUUGCGUUAGCAAAAGCUGCAAAGACUAAACUACCAAUAAAGACGUGUUUGGACCAAGCCGUUGCAGAACAAAAGUUAUCAGAAGAUCACUACCUCAAAAGAGGAUAAUUAAUACUUUGCUAUUACAUUAGCAAAAUAAUAAACUCCUUUUAAUAAAUAUCGAAUAAUAA